UAGUCCGAAAAAACGCUAGUAAUACUAUUCAUAUUACUCAGUUCCUUUUAAGUUAGCAGUGUGAGCUUAAUUCAAAGAGUAGUAAAACAUUACCCAUUUUUUUUUGGCUACAUCCCGGUUUUUUAGUUAGUCCAUAGAAUAAAAUAGUUGGUCACACUUAUGGUCAACCCCGAGUCUCUAGAAAACGUCAAAUUCAAUAUUUUUCAAAUUUGUUUUUGUUUCUGUUGAUGGAAAAUGGUAGUGUUAAAGAUUUUCAAAGUAGAUAAAAAUGAUAAUGAAAAACCCCUUUGCAUACUGAAUGUUGGAACGCAUGUAAUCGGAAGAGGAUCAUUCGCUGAUUGUAUAGAUAAACGAGUAUCCAGGAGACAUAUUUUGAUUGAUGUGGAAGAUACUGAAGUUACUUUAACACAAGUUCAUUCUACACCUAUAUUUUUCAAAUCAUCAAAAUCACCAAGUAUUAAGAUAAUAAAUAAAAAUGAACCUAUCAGAUUAUUUGAUGGUGAUAAGUUUUCUUUUAUCAUGGACACAUGGUACACAGUUAAAAUUGAAGAUGAUGAAGAUUAUUCUGAAAACUCAGCUGACAUUAAGCCUUCAACAAUUGUGAUCUCAAAUAAUGUAAGUUCAAGCACAAUUGUUCCUUCAACAAGCAAUACAGAAGUCUCUCAAUCUACAUAUUUAAAAAGAAGUGCAGAGGAUGUUCACUCUAAUGAAAGAAAGAAAUUAAAACUUGCUAAUGAAAGUUUGGACGAUCUGAAAGAUAAUGUUGAGCAAAUAGCAGUUCAAGAUGAUAAUAGAAAUGAAGAAGACCAUAAUCAACAAGUUGAGAUCAAUAGUACUACACAAGUUUUCAAAAAAGAAGUUAUUUCUGACUCUGAUGAUGAUAGUGAUAAUUCAAUGUUACCAGAAGUAACUUGUGAUAUAGAAGUAAGAGAAGGUGUUCAAAGUAAUAUUGAUGGAAAUUCUGAAUCUACCAAUGAUGUCAAAAAUAAUGAUAACACCAAAAGCUUGGAGAUUUCAAAUGACGUUAAGAAAGAACCAGUGAUUGAGAAUGAUGAAACACAAAGUAUUAAGAUAGAGCCUCGAGAAGAAAUAGAAAAUAAACCACUUGUUAAAGAAGAAGAUACUUUGCAGGAUCUUGGUGAAUCUAACCAACUUGAACAACAUUCUAGUUCUCAUGAUAAUGAUGAUGAUACUAGCACUCAAACUCCCUUAGUUGAUCAAAACAAAAAUGAAAGUGAACAGAAUCCAACUGAUGCUUCAUCAAGUUCAAGUGGGGCUAAUGCUACCAAUGUGUUAAGAAGAGAACAAUGUUGGUAUGGACAAAACUGUUACAGGAAGAAUUCGAGUCACAAAGAACAGUUCAGUCAUCCAGGAGAUUCAGACUAUAGUGAGAAUUCAGAUGAUAACAGACCUCAUUGCCCAUAUGGAGGUUCUUGCUACCGAACCAAUCAGCAACACCGUAAAGACUACAAACAUCCAACAUCUCGACCAGCACCUAAGCCAUCAACAAGUCGCAGGGGGAACCGAAGAACAAAUACAGAUAACCAUUCCAAUAUGUAUUACGAUUCUGACAGUCAAGAAGAAGAAGAGGAUCCUUUUGCUGCAGAUGAAAGUUCUUCAGCUUCUUCAGCUUUUGAUGAUGGUGAAACAGAUAGUGAUUUCAUAGAGGAACCAGAUUUUGAUGAUAUGGGAGAUGAUAAUGAGGAGGUCAAAAUAAUGUUUAAAGAAGCUAAAAAAUUUUUGAGAAAAAGAAAGUAAAUAUA